AUGUCUUCUGACGGGACCGAAAGAGUCAUCAAGAAAAUCGUUCGUGAAAUCGGACAAGAGUGCGCUGACCGGGGACAACCUGUAUCUGAAACCUUGGUGGCGUUCAUGGUGAAAGCUGUUGUUUUAGAUCCAAGAAAUGACUUCAGCUUGGAUCAAAUCCUUAGAGAAAAAGAUGUGCAAAAUCUUAUCCAGCUCUGUGUUACCAGGCUGCUUGACACAACAAACCCAUCCCUGAGCACAAUUAAGAUGCAAGUUUACUUUGAUAUGAACUAUGCAAACCGAGCCGAAUUACUCAGCGAGCAGCACCGUGUUCUGGAGGGAAAGCUGGCUCCUGUGCUCAGAGACAUCACAGACAGUCGUCCUCGUGUUCAAGAAGAAAUGGAGAUUGUGUAUCGAAAGAUCGUUAGCUACAUGCUGCUGAGCUCUGGCCUGGGAUCCCCCACAGACAUUGAAGUUGUCAGGGAGGUAACAGCUGCUCUGCAGAGUGUAUUCCCCCAGACAGAGAUGGUUACUUUCAGCUCGCUCAGUAAGAAGAACAAAGAGCAACAACUGAAAAAUCUUGCCAGGCUAGUCACAGGAAUUCGGUUGUACAACAAGGAAUGCAGGACAGGAGGAAGCAGCAUUGAUGACUUGCCAGCCAUUCUGAGCGAAGCCAUCCCGUCAGCUACACAGGCUGUCGAUGAAGGUCUCAGUACUUGCCAUACACUAGCCCACCAGUACACAGCUCUCUUGGAAGCUAUGCAGGAAGACCAAUACAGAUAUAGCCAGCUUAGUUCCUUCAAAUUAAAAGAAGCACUGUUCAAUGUGAGACAAUAUGAGGCCUUCCUCUGCAUCCUUCUGUCUGAUGCAAUCACAAGUGCUCAAGAAGUUGAAAAGGGAAAUGUGCAGUUUGCAUCAACAAUGGAGCAGUUGAAAAGCACAGUGCAGGAUAAGGUUGCUGUGGAUACCAGAGAAGUUUUUCCUCUCUUUGUUGCACUUGCUAACCUCUGGACCAGAUUUCAGGAUGAGAUAGUCCUGCUAAGCUUCCUCACAAACAUGAUUAACAAUCUCCAACAGUUCUCAGAAAUCCAGUCACAGUGUUUUCCCGAGGAAGUGCUCGCGUCUCUUCUGGAAGGAAUGCUUGUGAAAAGUGAUGAGGAAAGGAGAAGAGAAACCACAGGAACCAGAGUGAACAUUUCUGAUUUCGAGAACCAAGAAUGGCUUUUUCCAGAGACUACUGAUAAUUUUGAUCAGUUACUAAUCCAGUACCGUGGUUUCUGUGCCCAUGCAAUUGGUGUGAAAGGCCUCACCCUCCCAGGAAAUCCUGCUAUUGGAAUUUUGAAGCACAGGGAGAAAUGUUAUGUGUUCAGUUCCAAAGAAGCUGCAUACAUGUUUGCUCAGGACCCAGAUAAGUUCAUCCAACUAAAUGCAGAAAAAGCAAAAGAACACCCAGAGCUAAUUCAGCUGCUGGAGCUUCGGCAUCAGUUUGACAACCUUGUUCCGUGUGCACAGGCCAGAAACGCAGACAAACGUUUCAUGGAAUCGCUCACUAAAUGCGACAGUAGCACUCAAACUGAUACUCACAUCUUGCCUCCAACUCUUGUGGCAUCUUAUGAAUGGAAUGAAUGGGAACUGAGAAGAAAAGCUAUCAGAUUGGCCAAUUUGCGCCGCAAGCUAACUCACUCCACGCAGACUGAUCUCAGCCACAUGAGAAGAGAGAACUCCACCCAAGUGUACUUGCCAAAGGAUGUUUGCACCCAGACUAAGCGUGACAACUCCAGCAAUGUGCCCAGACCACAGGUUUUCCUGGAAGGCCUCCGAGGAGGAUCAUCUCCUACUACUCGUGUGGUCAAAGUAGACUUAACAAGAGCAGCAGAUGAAACCUAA